GUUGCCAAGCUUUCCAAAGUAGCCGUAACGCUGUUUAGCUAUUUUGGCUAAUUCUUAACCGUCUUCAAUUCCUCAAGUAACUCGAAGCAGGAUUAGGAACUAAAGAGCUAUCAGACCCGUAACCGCAUAGGUGCUGUGCGUUUGCCAUACCAUUUUCGGAACCUUUUUGUUUUCUUGCUAGUUCAGAGCACACUUUAGCAGUAGUUGCCACUGCCCUGUGCACACCGCUGUCGCGAGUCACUCGCAACAAAUCAUCUUCUUCCCUACUGAUCUUUCUCUGUUUAGCUCCGGCGGCUGGCGCUCUCUAUAAAACUACAAGCAUCUGAUGAAACCACUCAACGUACCGAGAGCUACCAUUCUACUACAGCACGCGAUUGUUGUCCGAUCGCGCGGGCAUGUCGUGGUCGGACGCGGACGCGGCCUUGUUCGCGGCCGUCCUAGGGCAGGACGCCGCGCACCACCUGGCUACCACGACGCAGCACCUCCACGGGACGGUGUCGUCGCCGGCCGAGCUCCAGGCGCGCUGCGCGCGCCUUCAAGACUUCGUCGAGCGGGGAGGAACCUGGACGUACGGCAUCUACUGGCAAGAGUCCUGCGCCGGCGCCGGAGCCCGUCCCGUCCUCGUCUGGGGUGAUGGGCACUGCCGCGAUGCCCCCCCGCCUGACGCCGACCCUGCCGCCGCGGGCGCGCCCGAGGAAGCCGGCGCGGUGUACAAGAACCUGGCGCGCAAGCGCGUCCUGCUGCGGCUGCACGCGCUAUACGGCGGAGGGGACGAUGAUGGCGGCACCGACGACGCGCUCCGGCUAGACCGUGUCACUGGCCCCGAAAUGUACUUCCUCGCGUCCAUGUACUUCUCCUUCCCCGAGGACGGCGGCGGGCCAGGCCGUGCGAUGGCCUCCGGCCACUACGCCUGGGUCUCCGUGGAUCCCCGGCGCCUACCCGGAUCCGCGCCUGCGUCUGGGUGGUACGUCCGUGCUUCCCUCGCCCAGGCCGCUGGCCUCCGCACCGUCGUCUUUGUCCCGUGCAAAGGCGGUGUGUUUGAGCUCGGUUCCGUCGUGGACAUCCGCGAGAACCCCGACGUCGUGCGCGCCAUCCAAUCUGCCUUCCGCGUCAAGGCCACAUCGUCGGACGAUCACUUGAGGAUCUUCGGAAAGGACCUCUCCCGUAGCGCCUCAAUGCCGUCGGUGAGAACCACGGGAUGCGAGGACACAUGCGCGCUGCGGCUCGGCGGGCAAGCCAUGGUGAAGGAGGCUCCGAAGGGUAUGAACUUCACCAAACCGGGCGGCGACGAGCGGAGACUGCUGAAGCGGGAGCGCAAGACACCAGAGGCGCCGCUGAACCAACAAGACGCGGAGCAGCAGCGGCAGCGGCGUGAUGAGCUGAACAAGCGGCUCUACGCGCUGCGCGCGGUGGUGCCCAAGGUCUCCAGGAUGGACAACUUCUCGCUGCUCAGCGACGCCGUCGCCUACAUCCAGGAGCUGGAGGCCCGUCUCAGGGACGGCGUCGCGGGGCCAGGGCCGGCGCCGGCGCGGCAGUCCGUAGAAGUGAAGGCAAUGCAGGACAAGGUGGUGCUGCGCGUGACCACCCCCUUGGAGGCGCACCCCAUCUCCGGGGCGUUCAACGCUAUAAGGGACUCCCAGCUCAGCGUCGUGGCGGCGGACAUGGUGGUGGCGGAAGACACCGUCACCCAGACGCUCGUCGUACGGUCGGCGGGGCCUGAGCGGCUCACGGCCGACACCAUCCUCGCCGCACUGUCACGUGGCCACGUGGGACGAUGAUGAGCAAUUGAGCACCAACCCAUCACCGUGGAUGCGCCACGAACCACCGGCGUCCCGCCACGGCCAUCCUCUUCGACGCCGUCGCUCGCGGCACCGCCAGUGGUCUGCACCAUAUGGUGGCCCAAGCUGGUUGUGACCAACGCAUUGGAAAUUCACUGUUUGGUUUGCUGGGUGCCACUCGGUCAGGGCGGCAUAACCACGUAUAAAAUGUGACACUUACUCUUCUUUCCUUAACUAGUGACACUUACAGUUGUACUCCGUAAGAAUGAAUGUGAUGUACACUGCGUGAAUGAAAAGCUAUGGUAUUUGCAGUAUUAUUCGUGUACUUGUGGCAUUUGGUUUCAGCAAGUUAACAGGAAGAUAACACAUGUAGUU